AUGGCUGAUUCAGCAAAAAACAACACAGAGGUUAAACCUAAAUCCUCUACACAUGGAGCUGUAGCUGAGACCCCCAUGCCUCUACUCUACAUAAAAGACUUUCAGAAGCUUCCUCACUGGGAUUUUGAAGAUGUUUACAAUCAGGAUGCUCCACCGAGACCAACAACAUGUGCUCAGUCUCUGCGAAACUCUCAAGAUGAGAAAUUCAAGGAGGCUUUUCUUCCCAACAUACGCUUGUUUCUGCACAAAGACAACAUCAACAUGAGCGAGUGGAAUCGACUUUCACACUUUAACAGUCCUUUUGGCUUUAUGGAGUUCAAGUACAAUGAUGUGAUGGCUGCAGUGAAGCUGAUUCCAAAACCAAAAGAGCCGCUGCUCCUCCCAAAACCAGGCAGUAAUGGCUGUGUGCGCUGUGCUGUUGUGGGUAAUGCAGGAAUUCUGAAUGGCUCAAAGAAGGGUGUGGAAAUCGAUGGCCAUGAUUAUGUUUUUCGGAUGAAUGGUGCUAUCACCAAGGGUUAUGAGGAAGAUGUAGGAAGCAAAACAUCAGUGUAUAUGCACACGACCCACUCCAUGACUGCAUCACUUUACUUGUUCAAGAAGUACGGCUACAAAUCUGCCCCUCAUGAUGAGGGUAUAAAGUAUGUGAUGAUUCCUGAAGGGAUGAGGGAUUUCCAAUGGCUUGAGGGUCUUCUCAAAGGACAAAAGAUCUCUUCUGGCCCGUACCGCAAUAAAGUGCCAAGGACCUUCUAUUCAGGGCAGUACAAUGAGAGUCGUUUCUACGUUCUGCACCAUGACUUCCUCCGAUACAUGCGGAACAGGUUCUUAAAGUCACAUAAUCUGAAUAGAGCAAUCUGGGCGAAGUUCAGACCAACCAACGGGGCAAUCACUCUCUUCUUGGCUCUGCACACCUGUGACACAGUGGAUGCGUACGGAUUCAUGACUGAUGACUACACAAAAUACUCCAACUACUAUUUUGAGAGGGGUGUGCACAGCAAAGUGACUUUUUACAUCAACCACGACCUCAUUUUGGAGAAGAAUACAUGGAAAGACUUUCACAACAAGAAAAUAAUGAAACUGUAUCAAAGAACUGAGCCAAAAACAAAGAUGGAAAACCCAAAGCAACACUGA